GCCAACCUUCGCUGGUGAGCCUUCACAUGCUGACUCGGGAAGCACAGUACGGGGAUACUGCUUAAAUAGCCCUGUCAGUGUGCCCCCGUCAGUGUCACCCCCAGAAAGUGGAAAAAAUGGCGAGGAAGGGCAAGGAGGUGGCCGGAAAGGCUCCCGCCGGCAAAAGAAAGCGCGGCAGAGACGACGACAAGUCUGGAUCCAUUUGGAAGAAGAGGAAUCGCGAGGUCCUCCAGUUCUUCGAGGACGUUGUUGCCGAGGCCGACGAUACCGAUGCUAGCGACGACAGUGACAUAGAUAAUUAUUUUAUGGAGGAAGAAUUUUUUUCAGAGCCGAAUAUCAAGAGAGAAACAGAGAAUGCCCAGGACAUUCCUCUUGUGCCCAAAGAGGAGAUCAAUGAAGAUGAUUUCGAUAAGAUAAUGGAGGAACGAUAUAAGACUGGUUCUGAUUUCUCUACAUUUGCUGGGGACGAUUAUGAUAACAAAAGAUCAAUUGAAAGAAAUUCUCUCAUACCUUCUGCUAAGGAUCCAACCAUCUGGAAAGUUAAAUGCAUGGUUGGACGUGAGAGGCAGUCAGCUUUUUGUCUCAUGCAGAAAUAUGUAGACUUGAAAUUAUUAGGUUCCAAACUCCAGAUAAUUUCUGCAUUUGCUCUUGAUCAGAUGAAGGGUUUUAUUUGUAUCGAAGCUGAGAAGCAAUGUGACAUCAAUGAGGCAUGCAAAGGCAUUUCUAGUAUAUAUCCUACCCGGGUAAUGCCAGUGCCAAAAAAUGAAGUUUCUCAUUUGUUCUCUGCCCGAAGUAAGUGCAAUGAAGUUUCUGAGGGCACGUGGGCUCGUGUGAAGAAUGGAAAGUACAGAGGAGACCUAGCACAGAUUGUAGCCGUGAACGUUGCACGGAAAAAAGCAACAGUGAAGCUUAUUCCAAGAAUUGAUCUACAAGCAUUGGCUGCGAAAUAUGGUGGGGGAGUUAAGCUCAAGAAAAAUUCAAUUCCGGCACCAAGAUUGAUGAGCACAAGUGAACUUGAGGAGUUUCGGCCUCUCAUUAAAUUCAAACGUGAUCGUGACACCGAUACAGUUUUCGAGGUUCUGGAUGGAUUGAUGUUCAAGGGUGGAUAUUUGUUUAAGAAAAUACCAACAGAUUCUUUAAGUUGCUGGGGCGUUGAGCCAUCAGAAGAGGAGCUCCUGAAGUUUAAACCUUCUGUGAAUACUGAAUCUGAUAAUUUGGAGUGGCUUUCACAGCUUUAUGGUGAACAAAAGAAAAAGCGGAUUGUAAGAAGUGAUAAAGGGGGUGGAAAAGGAGAGGGCUCUUCAGGAUCUGGUGAUGUGAAUGGUUUUGAACUGUAUGAUUUUGUUUGUUUUGGGCGUAAAGAUUUUGGUGUUAUCGUAGGCAUGGAGAAAGAUGAUUCUUACAAGAUUUUGAAAGAGGGGUUAGCAGGACCUGAUGUGGUGACUAUUCAGCUUCCUGAGUUAAAGAGUGGGCCUUUUGAUACGAAAUUCACUGCUUUGGAUCAGCGCAUGAAGCCCAUAUCUGUCACUGAUACUAUAAAGGUUUUGGAAGGACCAAUAAAGGGUAGGCAAGGGAUUGUUAGGAAAAUCUACAGAGGCAUAAUCUUUUUCUAUGAUGAGAAUGAGACAGAAAAUGGUGGUUAUCUCUGUGCUAAAUCCCACUCGUGUGAGAAAAUCAAGUUAUUCACUGAUAUGUCUAAUGACAAGGUUGGUGGUGAAUCGGGUCCAUUGGGUUUUGAGGACUUCGCAUCAUCUCCUAAAUCACCUCUUUCUCCGAAAAUGCCAUGGCAAGCUAGGGAAAAUAGUCGUGAAUUCAAUCGUGGGGAUAAAGAUGGAAUGUUCUCUAUUGGUCAAACCUUGAGAAUCCGUGUUGGUCCUCUAAAGGGAUACCUCUGCCGUGUUUUAGCUUUACGUCAUUCUGAUGUUACAGUCAAGUUGGAUUCACAGCACAAGGUUCUUACAGUUAAAAGCGAGCAUCUUUCUGAGGUUCGAGGAAAGAGCUCUACCAUAUCUAUGAGUGAGAAUCCAGAGUCCAGUUCUUUAGAGCCAUUUAAUCUUCUUGGAACCGAAGGCUGCUCCAGAGAUUGGAUGCAGGGAGCAGGAACAUCAGCAGGGAGUGAUGGGUGGAAUUCUGGGGGGCUGUCUGCUGGAAGGAGCUCUUGGCCUAGCUUCCCUGCCUCUGGGUCAGCGCUUCAGCUGGAGUCCAGUUCUGCGAAUCCUUUAGAGGGUAAUGAUGCCGAAAAAGGUGUGGAAAAUGCUGCUUGGGAGAGCAAAGUGAUUCCUAAUCAAAGUUCAUCCUGGGGUGUUGUGGCAACUCAUGAAAAGUCAUCUUGGGGUGCUUCAGCAUCUAAUGGAGAUCCAUCCUUGGAUACUGCAGUUAUUAAUGAAAAAUCAUCCUGGGGUGCUUCCACAGCUAAUGAAAAUUCAUCGUGGGGUGCUGCAGCUGCUAAUGAAAAAUCAUCCUGGGGUGCUUCCACAGCUAGUGAAAAAUCUUCUUGGGGUACUGCAGCUUCCAAUGAUAGGGCUGUUGAUCAAAUUGCAGGCUGGGUAGAGGGCAAAGAUGCUUGGAACAAAACUAUUUCAAAAACUGGAUUUGGGGGCAGUUCAUCUAACAACUGGGAUAAAUCAGUAGCACCUGACAGAGAUCUGCCAGGCUCUCCAAAAGUUUCUGGAGACAAUUGGGGCAAAGGAAACCCCAAAAUUGGAAUUCUGGCUGAUUCUUCAAAUGAUGCUGGUGUCACCUGGGAGAAAAAAACUGCAUCUGAUAAUCAGGGUGGUGAGAGAACAUCAGGGGAACCAUGGAAUAAAGGUAAGGGUAUUGCUGCAAAUCUGACCAGCAAUUGGGGUAAUUCGACUGCUGGAAAGACUCAACUGGAUUCUUGGGGCAAAAGUAAAGAUCCAGCUGAAGCUGGAUUGUGGGAAAGGGAAAAGAACGAUUGGAAUGACAGGAAAAAUAUGGGAUCUGGCUGGGAUCAACAGAACUCAUGGGACCAAGGCAAAGAUGCAGUUGUCGGUGAGCGAUCUCCUUGGGGAAAACCUGUGGACAGUGAAGUUAAAGGCACCGCUUCUGGAUUUCGAGAAGAUUCUUGGGGCAAGGCUGUUAAAAACUGGAGCACUAAGGAUGGAUCAAGUGGAAGCAAGACUGACUGGAAAAUCUCGACGCCUGUGGCUGAGAAUCAGGCUGGGGAUUGGGGUAAUGCUGGUGGGAAUCAGACCCAAGCUGGAGGUUCUUGGAAUAAACCAGCCGGAGGGUCAACGUGGAGUAAAUACGCUGAUGCAACUUUGGAAGAUGAAUCUAAAGGCAAGAGGGAUCAAGAAGACUGUUGGAAUAGAUCCAAAAGUUCUGGUGGGGAUCGAGGUUCUUCUUGGAAUAAACAAGAUGGAGGUUCCUGGGGUAAACCAGCUGGGGGGUCGACAUGGAGUAAACAAGCUGCUGCAAGUUUGGAAGAUGAAUCUGAAGGCAAAAGGGAUCAAGAUGACUCUUGGAAUAGAUCCAAAAAUUCCAGCGGGGAUCAAGGUUCUGGUGGUUGGAACAAAGGGUGGGUGGAAAAUAAAGAGGAUACAAACGGGCGAGAUAGCUGGGCGAGGCCAAAAGCAUUUGAUAAGGAUAGUGGGUUUGGUGGGAGAAGGGGGAGAGGAGGUGGCCGGGGAGGUAGAGAUCAAUUUGGCAGGGGAAGAUCAUUCAGUCAGCGACUUUCUGGUUGGAACGGAGCUCAAGAAAACACAAGUACAAAUGAUGGGACAUCCUCAGGAAAUUCGUCUGGGUGGACCAAUGACCAAGCAUGGGGCAGUGGGGAUACUCGCCAAAUGUAUGGAGGUAAGUCCUCUGGCUGGAAUAAUAUUACUACUGGAAACAAUGAAGAGGAUGACCAUAAAGAUCAAUGGGGUGAUUGGAACAAGGGGAAAACAUCAUCUGAUGGUUCGGCACGUGGAUGGAAUCAAAGUUCUGGUUGGAAAAGUGGAUCAAAGGAUGGAAAAAAUGAUGAUUCUAAUUGGGGCAGAAGUAGUUGGAGCUCCGGAUCAAGUGAUGCCACUAGAAACCCGGAUUCAAGCUGGGGAAGAAAAAGUGAUGGGAAUGAAGAUGGGAACCAAGAUUCUAAUUGGGGCAAAAGAAGUAACUGGAACUCUGAAUCUGGUGAUGCAAACAAGGACUCAGGCUGGGGCAAGAAAAGCAAUUGGGCAAGUGGCAAUCAGUCAAUAGCUGGUGGAAGUGGAGACCAAACGGAGAGUUUCAGUGAAAGGGCAAGUGAUGGGAAUUACAGAGGAGGUUUUGGAGCUAGAGGCAGUUCAGACAGGGGAGGCUUUAGAGGUAGAGGGGGUUUUGGAGGCAGAGGUGGAGACAGGGGGGGUUUUGGUGGCAGAGGCAGAGAACGGGGGGGUUUCGGAGGUAGAGGUAGAUCAGACAGAGGAGGUUUUGGUGGUAGAUCAGACCGAGGAGGAUUUGGAGGCAGAGGCCGUGGAAGGUGGGAUCAAAGUGGUGGUUGGAAUAACAGAAACGACAGUAGUGAGGAUAAGCCCUCUGACUGGAACCAAGAGGCAGGCGAGGGAUGGAAGAAAAAUGACGGUGUAGAAACUUGGAAUGGAGCCAGUGAUAAGAAUAAAUCGCAGAGUUGGAAUGCAGGAAGCUGUGGAACUAGCAAUCAAACCAGUGGGUGGAAUAGCAAGGGUUGGAACCAGCCAACAGCAGCUAAAGAUGCUGCUGGUAGUGGCUGGAACAAAGGAUCCGGUUCAAGUAAUGAAGCUGGUGGAAGCAAGGGAAACAAUGCAGGAUCAACAGAAGCCUCUGGCGGGAACCAGUGGUCAAGCUGGGACAAAUCAACCAUAGGCACUGAGAUUAAAGAAACUAAUCAGCAAGGGGAAGGAGGUUGGUAAAAAUGCACUAAAGCAUUAGCUUGACCUAUGUUCAGAGUUCUUUUUCCUGUAGAUAUCGGUACUACUUCAAGUGUACACGGGAAGGGUCUAAGUGAACUGUAUGGAACCCGAUAUUAUACUUAAAAUAACUGUAUGGCUUUACAUUUUGAACCAUAUUGCUGGUGUAGGCAGUUUUUGGACUGGCAUCAUGCACAGCAAGAGAUGUUCAUGUUUUUCAUGGCAUUGGAUGCUGAAUCGCAGCAUUAAAAAUUUUGUGUGAUGUUAUUGACCGGCCUUUGUUUUGGUUCAAAAUGAGGCCGUUACGUGUUUCUUAUUGAUGCUGUUCAGAUUUCGUGGGAUUAUCGCCCCUUUUUGCAGUCAUUUUUGUGGCUGCUUGUUCAUCA